CGCACGUCACCUGCUGCUGUCACAGACAGUAAAGAUGGCGUCGACAGGGAUACUGCAGCUCCAGCGCAUCUCUGCGCCUUUGGCCGUUUUACUCGGUCUAUUAAGCAUUUUCAACAUUGGAAAUUGCGAUGAGCAGGUACCACUCAUUAUGUGGACAAGCGAAGGGAUGUCUCUACCAAGGCAGUCCCCUCCUACAGCCGGGCACAUCGUUGGACAGCAGCAGCUGGCCUCCUACCUAGAGAAAGUUCUGGAUGUCGGCCCAAGAAAUGUAGUGUUGUUCCUUCAGGACAAGAUGAGCAUAGAGGACUUCACCAUGUAUGGAGGAGCUUUUGGAAACAAACAGGACAGUGUUUUCCCAAACCUUGAGGGAGCUUUGAUGUCCUCGUCCUCCCCUCUGGUGUUACCUGCUGUGUCCUGGCCUGCAUCCAGUGCAGUGAUUGGUCAGCUGCAGGACCAAUUAGAAACCUCCCCUCUAUACAUGGACCCAGAGACCCUGAGCCAGCUGAGACUGAAUGCCUCCUCACCUGCUCUGCUGGUGUUCAGGCUGCCCUACGGCAUCGGAGCUGAUCUCAUGUCUGCAAAAGAGAUUCUCAGUGGAAAUGAUGAGGUGAUUGGUCAGGUGCUGAGCAUCAUGAAGGCCCAGUCUGUUCCAUACACAGCCAUUUACACAGCGCUGCGUCCCUCACGAGAGGCGGCGUCUCUCUCCAUGGAAGCAGGUCUGGGUGGAGGACGCUCUCUGCUGCAGGCCAGAGGUGGAUACAGGGAGAGGGAGAGGGAAAGGGAGAGGCAGCGGAGGAUCAAGGAGAAGGCUGGGAUCUACCCUCCCGUGGAGUUUAAGGAGGGGGAGGACACCUGCAUCCUCCUGUGGGCUAAAGGUCUGUCAGUGAGCAUCCUCCGGAGCGGUCGCUGGGAAGAUCAUGACCUGACCCCAUCUACAUUUGGGGAAGGUGUUAGCCCCAAACUCCAUGGCUCCAGUUGUGACAAAGCCAAAUCCAGGUUGGUUCUUAAUUAUGAGAAUGUCCUCGGCCACCGCAGCUUCAAACUGAUCUUUGUUAUGAGUCAGCGUCACUACCAGGUGUCUGCCCGCCGCUGGUUCACACUAGACGCUGUGGAGCUGGAGUACGACGGCACCAAGGCCACGUUUAACGGGAGCAGAAACAUCUAUGCUCCUGCAGAGUACUCGUACCGCUGUGAGUCCGUCAGCAGCUUCCUGUGGCCACUGCUUGUCCCUCGCUCUAACAAAGAUCCAGCCAAUCAGUGGAGGGUCUCCUUCGAGGACAUCCAGAUCCAGGGCUUCAAUGUGACCGGCAGUGAAUUCUCAUAUGCCAGUGACUGUGCAGGCUUCUUCUCCCCUGGUAUCUGGAUGGGUCUGAUGACCAGCCUUCUCAUGGUGCUGGUGCUCACAUACGGCCUGCACAUGAUCAUGCAGCUCCGCACUAUGGACCGUUUUGAUGACCCCAAGGGCCCGGCCAUCUCUGUGCCCCAGACAGAGUAACACAACUGCAGUCUGUCUCCCGAUGUCUCACCCCACCUGUCCUCCUCCCUGUCCCCCUCACUACAAUGCUUCCUCUCCCACCCUUCACAUUCCUGUCCCCGUUCAUAUGUGGUUGGACAUUAUACAGAAUAAGUAGUAGUGUUGUCAUAAUGAGGUUGUAUUCAUAACUGAAUAACGUGUCAGUUUAUACCUAAAAUGUGCAUCCUGAGACUUGAAGCCUCAGUUUGUCCUCUAUUAGGAGUUUGUGUAAAAGAUUAAGAGGAAAAAUAAUAACAGUUACAGCUGUUCUGAAGGUGUCUUGUAGUAGAGGUACCAGCUGUUUACACAUUUAGUUUACUGCAUUAUUCUGCACUUGAUUUUAAAACUAGUACAAGAUGAAUUUGCACUGGUUUUGUAUUUGCUUAAAGCAGCUAUAACCGUAUAAUAAGGGAUGAAAUAACAAAAGCAGAACAAGUACCUUCAGAACAACUGUGUGUUUGUAACAACCCUCUCCUCUGAGAUUUUAAAGGAUCAAUAUGUAACACACGAAUGGGAGACAACAAUUGUACAUACAGGGACAAAUAUAACUUAUAAAGUGAAUUAUGAGAUGCUAUUUAUUGGUAAAAUGUCUGUAUUUGUGUUUGUGUUUACCAUGGUUUGCAUAGAUGAUGUAGUUGUUGAAUGAAGGGAAACUCAGAUCAGUCAUAUCACUGCAUUCCAUUAGCUUUAGUGUUCGUGAUCAAAGGGACGUGGAUGAUAACGUUGGUGAAGCAUUAGAAGUCAAACAUUUCCAACUCUUUUUAUUUCAUUUCGUUUCAUUUAUGGCUGUCUUCUUUUUUUAUUAUUCAAGUGAAGCUCUCACAACUGAUGUGCACUGAAAGACGCCCAAUGUGAACUUGUGUUUCUGUUUAAUUUAUUCUGUUUUUAAUGAUUUGUAGUGAAUAUGAAUGCUGUAUGGUCCUGAGUGUGGUCCUGUGUCGUGCUGCUGCUGUGACCCCAUUAAAACUUCUGUAAAAAGUC